AUGGCGCUUAUCUAUGAGUACAUGGCUAAUGGCAACUUAGGAGACUACUUGUCAGGCAAAAGUUCCUUGUUCUUGAGCUGGGAAGAGAGACUAAAAAUAUCAAUAGAUGCAGCACAAGACUUCGGGUUAUCUAGAAGCUUCCCAGUCGAAGGUAACGGUCAGGUUUCGACCGUUGUCGCUGGAACCAUUGGAGGCAGAUUUGAGGCAGGCUCAGCUUGGAAGAUCACUGAAAUAGCAUUGGCAUGUGCCUCUGAAAGUUCUGCAAGGAGACGGACGAUGAGUCAGGUCGUUAUGGAGCUGAAGCAGGUUGUUUUUGGGAGAGUGACAGAUCAAGAUAGCCAUAGAAAUUCGGAGAGAAUGGUGGUUACAUUGAAUCUUGAUAUUGAAAUGGUUCCCCGUGCGAGGAAAAGAUGGAUUGCUUUUGAUGAAUCCACACAACUGGGCUUGUUUCCCUUUGUCCUUCAAUUUGGUUUUCAGCAUCAUAAAGUCAGUUUUGCUAAGUUUAUCAACUUGUUGAGGCUCAUCUUUCGCGUCUUGCUUCUUUCCGUACUCAGCUUUAUCCUGCUUGCUGGUUGGAAAAUAAAACGAAUUAACAAUCUGAUGAAGACAAGUUGA